AUGGCGACGGCGCCUAGUAACAGUUCGACGGCGAAGGUGGGAACCCUAGGUUUGGGAUCGCCGAUGUCUUCAAUGCCGCCGAAAUCGCAACGCGGUCAGAAUAAGCCUAAGUGCAAACAGUGUGGCAACGUUGCUCGUUCUAGGUGUCCUUAUGAGUCAUGCAAGAGUUGUUGUUCUAGAAAUCAAAAUCCAUGUCCUAUUCAUGUGUUAAAAGCCAGUACAAUUCCUGACAACACUCCAUCUACUGGUGCUGCCCCACUUGAUCGAAAAUCCUUUGAACCACCUCCAUCAGUAAGUGCAGGUAGAGUUGCAUCACUUCGACAACUUUCAAAUAGUUUUGCUCAGUUCAAUAAUUUGCAUCUUUCACUUCGAUCAAAGAAACCUCUAACUAGAAAGGAUGCUGCAUCAAUAAAUGAAUGGAGAUUUUCCAAAUUGAAGGAAUACAAGGAGCAAAAUGUUGAAGCAGAAAAUGAAGCUUUCGAUCGAUACAUGCAAAAUGUAGAUUUACUGGAAGAAGUAUUAUCCGUGAAGCAUUCAGACGAAACUCUGUCCUCUGUUUCUGAGGCUAAUCCCACUCCAAUGGAGAACAGUGAGAUUAUGAUACCUGGGUUAAAAUUGCAGCUAAGGUCAAAUUCGACAAGAAGCGAUGGUGUGAGAAUAAGAAUAAAAAAAAUUGUUGACGAGGGAUUAAAGAAGCUUAAGAAGUGCGCUGUGGAUGGUGACAGCAAUGAACAAAACAAAGAAGUUAAUGAAUCUUCAAAUAAAAGAAAGAGGACUGAAAAGUUAUCAGCUAUCAGUGAUCUUAUGGACAAAAUCAACAAAGCCCGAACUGAGGAAGAUUUGCAGUCAUUCUUGGAGGUGAAGUUACAGCUUUUCAAUUCAGACGAAGACUCCACCAUGGUGCAAGCUGCAGACAAUGAAAUGCAUCAGAAUCAAACUGCUGAAGGUGAUGUUGCACCAGCAAAAGAAUUGGAUUUUUCAUUACCGAAAUUGGUCAGUGCUACUGAAAUUGAUCAAGAAACUCUCAACACCAUAGACAAACACUUUUCUUCUCUUGAGUAUGUAGGGCAGUUAUGA